UACUAAAAUGCCACCUGAGAUUAGUAUUAUCGAGCAGAGUAUUUAAGCCAGAUUCAAAGAGCAUUUUAGCUGCCAAUUCCUUCUAUAUAUACUUUGUAGGAUUGCGUUUCUCCGAGCUCUCGCUUUUGAAAUCCAGCCAUGGUAUCGUGUCCGGUUCUGGCCGGCUCAAAGGUAUUGCCUUUUGGUGUUUUCUUGCCGAAUGGAAAUGCAGUUUCUUUCAGACAUUGUCACAAACACCUGGAAGGCACUUUUCCAGCGAAGAAUUUACACUCCAAUGCAUGUUUGAAGCUCAGCAAGACCCAUCUGAGUUCUUCUCUAUCAUUACGGAGACCCUCUGAGCGUUUUUCUUUACUGCCAUUGAAAUGCUCCGGUUCGCACUCAACUGCAAAGACUGACGAUGGGAACACGUUCGGGAAUAGCCUGAGAAAUCUCUCUGUGGAAUCGAUGAAAUCAAACUUUUCUGAGCUGACCCCGUUUUUGAAUAGCCUGAGGAAUCACUCUGUGGAAUCGAUAAAAUCAAGCUUUUCUCAGAUGGCCUUGUUCUUGGAAAGCCUGAAAAAUCACUCUGGGGAAUUGAUAAAAUCGAACUUUUCUCAGCUGACCCCCUUUGACUUGUGCAAGUGGUCUGUGGUGAUUGCAGUUGCAAUUGCAGUGCCAAAGUGGAUUGUGAGUGUAGUGUUAAAUCCAUUCUUCUGGAUGUAUUUUAGCUGGACUUGGCUGUUCUGGCCAUGGAUGGCGGCGAUUGGGAUUGCUGUGUAUGGGUUUUAUUGCCUUAACAAACAUUUGCGUGGUGAUGCCAAUGCGUUUGAGCAACUUGCUAUUGUUACUUCUGCAUUUACUUGGCUGACAUUAGUCCCACCUGCUCACUUCAAUGGAUUUCUCGAAGGGUGGCCAUUCGUGUUCUUUUUCGUGUACCAUUAUUUCUUUUUCUUCAAUGUGAGUGUUCGGAAGCGUCUAUAUGGUGAUUUCUUCCCAAGAGAUCAUGAUCCCAAGUGGGACAUUAGCCUUCCUAAUUGGCAGAAGCUCUUAUUCUGUGCUGGGGUUGCGGUUGGGCAUUGGAUUGCAGCAUUUGAAGGACCGGAAUUGCAUCUCAUUCCUGGUGGCUGGAGCAAUGCUGGUGUCUGGGCUUUGAUCAUCAUGACACUGUUCAUGCAGUAUCAUUCAACAUUGUAUUUAGCGAAUUAUUCAGAAAAGGUUGUGGUGCCCACUGCAGUUGUGCAGUUUGGACCUUAUCGAUUUGUUCGCCAUCCCAUUUAUGCGUCAACCAUGCUCUUGUUUGCUACUUAUUGCGUCGCAUUGAGGGCACCUCUGAGCACUCUCUUCACCAUUGCAGUUUGCUUGGUGUACUAUGGUCAAAAGGCUAAAUUAGAGGAAGAGUUAAUGGUAGAGACCUUUGGUGAGAGAUACUUGGAGUACUCUAGGAAAGUUAAAUAUAGAUUCUUCCCUUUUGUUUAUUAGUUUGAGAUGAAAUGAGUAUUGCAGGAGGCCUUUUUAUCUGCAAGUUGCUGAGAAAUCAGAAAUGACAUCUCUUUGUUGGUUUAUGCAAUUUUCCAUAUAAAAUCAUUCUAGUAUUACAUUUCCCUGUCUUUAUCCUGGUUUGCUAUCCCGUUUCUUGGCUGUUUGCAGCGGAAUGUUAUGACCUUUGUAGUUCCAAGAAGAUUUCAAGACUGAAAAGAUGUCUGCUUUCCUAAUCUUUCUGUGAGUUUGACUGAAAACUAGAAUAUCAUUUGAAUUGGAUUGCAUAUUUUGUAUGUGCAAUUUGGUUGUGUAUUUAUCUGUAAAAGGCUAUAGUUGAAUCUGUUGAAUCCAAGCUCACUCUAUGACUAGAUUAGUAGAUUUCAAUGCAUAUGGUGGCAAAGAUUGCAAUUGUGUUAAAGUGAUAAAAUUAACAUGAAUUUCUACCA